GUCCCGGUGUGGGUCUGUGUUCGAGGAUUGUGUCUCCGGGAAGCUUUAAAGCAGCAGCAAGCGGAUCCCCAAGCGGUUUAUUCACUUUGGAGGUUGACGGACGGCGGCAGGAUGCUGUGGCAGCUGCUGCUCAUCUGCCUUCUUCGCCUGGUGGGCUGCAGCAGAGUCGUCGACCAGGACGUCGUUUCCAAAGAGAGACACGGCCGCGGGGAGGUUGCCGUGACGACGAGGCCUCACAUCUAUUACUGCCGCUCGCCCAACAUGGAGGACUUCACCUGCUGGUGGCAUCCGCUCGACAACCUGACGGACGGAGAGCAGGUCGCGUACGUCCUCAGAUACUCCAAAGAUAAGGGGCCCAAACACGAGUGUCCAGACUACGUGACCUCCGGGCCCAACAGCUGCCACUUCGACAGGAGCCACACGUCCGUAUGGAAGAUCUACUGCAUGAACGUGGUGGCCGUCACCGCCCGCAGGAACUACACCUCCCAGGAGCACUGCCUGGACGUGGCAGAGAUCGUCCAGACUGAAGCUCCGGUUAACCUGAGCUACGCGCUGACGGACGCCGGCGGCGAUGAGAUGGGCCACGACGCGCUGCUGUCAUGGACGUACCCGGUGCCCUCCGACCUGCAGUACGGCUGGAUCACGCUGGUGUACGAGCUGCAGUACAGACGUGUGACUGAGCCCGACAACUGGAAGGUGAAACACCCUCUGCGUGAGCCUCACGUCGAGCUGCUCGGCCUCCCCGUAGGCGACUACGUGGCGCGAGUUCGCUGCCGGUCGCACAACUCCGGCCUGUGGAGCCAAUGGAGCUCCACGCUGAUGAUGAGCGUCCCUGCCAGGCCGCCCACGGGUAAACUGCUGGUGCGGAUCUUGGUGUCAGGAGUCACCGUUGUUGCUCUGCUGCUCAUCGCCUUUGGUGUUAUUCCACAGAGCAAGAGAAUAAAAGACUACUUCCUGCCGCCCAUUCCAAAGCCGCGGAUCAUCGGCAUUGACCCGCUGCUCCUGAAGAAAGGGAACUUGGACGAAAUCAACCACCACUUGAGUAACUUCCACAGCUACAGACCUCCGAGCUACGCCGAGGAGGUGUGGGACCAGGUCAACGCUGACGACGUCUAUCUCACCACGGCGAAAAACCGCAGCGUCCCCGCCAACCCGACACAGUGGGAGAAGGACGCCUUAAUGGUUCCGUGUGACGUGACGCCUGUGGCCGGCCUUCAUCAGUUCACAACACAAAACCCGACCUCAUACAUUCAGAGCCUGUCGCCCUACUGCUCCUUGCCCUCUGAAGCCUUCGCCUCGCCGCCGAGGCCAGAAAUUAUGUCCCUGCAGGGGGCGGAGUACAGCGUGAUGCGACAUCCCGGCCUUCCCAGCAGUCUCCCUGCUCCUAACGCCGCCGCCCGCCCGGAUUUCUACACCUGCGUCCAGCUCAUGAAUGAAAGCGGCGAGGUGCAUCUGGUGCCGUGCCUGCCGCCGACGUACUGUCGGGAGUUCCCGCCUCUCCCGAGGGAUGAUGUGGACGCUGGGGAGAAGGAGGAGAAGAAGAAAAAGCUGGCCGACUACCAGGCCAGGAUGGACAUGACGAAGCGGUCGAAAAAUGGCGGCGAGGCUGAGAGGAGCGAGGAGGCAGCUGACCCUCUGCUGCCUGUUGCUGUUGACAACCAGGGCUGAACAGACGUCCACAAAAACACACAAAUACUGUGAAAACUGCUGAAUGCGCUGAAACACGGAGACUGCUGCCUUGAAUCCGGUUUCCUGAAAAACAGGAAGUGAACCGGCAGGACAUCAGCACGCUGAAAACAAGUCAACAGACAUGAAAAGAAAACUGAUAAAGUGACAAACAGCGUUGCGUUCAGGUGACCGACACGUUUGUCUUUGUACAUGUUCCUCUGGACCUCAGCUUCUUUCUGGUUUUGGUAGAAAGUGUUGUUCUGUAGGGGACCAAAGUGUGUGUUGUUAAAGCUGCAAGGUGAACCCCCAAAUGCUCGAGCUAAUGUGAAUCAAACUCCAAAGGGGGCAAUCAGUAAGAUAUGACCAGAGUUUUAAUUUAAAACAUCCAAAAAAUGGACUUUGUGAACAGAAAACAAAGAAACAGCAGUGAAACAAGCGAUGUGCUGCCCCCUUUGGUUUCGGAGCUACUUUUGAAUUCUGUCCAUAUUUUACGAGCUGCCCCUUUAAGAGCGAGAUUCAAAACUGAACUGCGGUACCGUGAACACCACACGCUGCUUCUCCCAAAGCGUCGUCUCCUCAGAGCUUCACAUUCAGGAAGUUUUUCUCAGGUACAAGAAAACGUGCAAUGCCUUUGGAUGUCGACGUGCCGUUUCGGGUCUGGUUUACCCUCUUUUCUUUUUCUCGUUUACAUGCAUUCAUAUUCCACACGUUAGCUUCACCUCGCUGGGCUUUUGAUACUUGCACAAGACGCACGAUAAACACUAGAGUUUGUUCUAUUAUUACAACAUGUGCCGACCCUUUAAGGAAGGUUUUAUUCUCAGAUUAUCCUGACCAUGAAUGGAAAACUGAUCUGCACGUAAAGGUGUUGUGUCUCACUCCCAGUCUGUGGGCUGUCUCACCCUUCAGUGUUUUUGACCAGUUGCAGCAGUCUUAGACGUAUUCACACAACAGUCUUCAACAGAUUUAUGACAGAAAAGCGGCUCUCAAGCCGUCAGGAAGACGUAAGCUGUGAGCUGGAGCUCCUCGGUUCAGAGUGUCUGUGGAUUUCAGUCUGCUGUGCUCAGGAGGCUUCACCAACUUCUCUGAACUGGACUCCUCUUUAUUUCCCAGAAAAGGUUUUGAGCUUUUCUGACAGUUAUUUAAAAAGUAUAUUUUAUGUUUUUUAAUGGAUCCUUUUAGUCCUAUUUAACACACAUAACGCUAUUACAAAAUGUAUUUUGUAUGUUUUGGGUUUUUUUUUUGGAAGUAAUGUAUUUUGAAUUACAAACCAUUUGACCAACAAAGUCAGCCUUUGUGAAACAUAACAGUUCUGAGGAGGUACAUUUAAAAGAUAUGAGAAGCUCCUCCUCCUCCUCCUCCUCUUCCUGUGUGUGGAUGAAGAGGAGGUGAAGGAUUUUUAAACGCUCAUGCGAUGCCUCACAUCCCGCCUGGUAUUGGCUGGUCUUUGUCAGCAGGUGAUGAUCAUCCAUGUAUGUGUGCUCAUCACGUUCGUCCGUCCAUCCGUUUUCUGUGGGAUUUCAGGUCCCGCUGGCUGCACGAGGUAGCCUGGACAUCCGUCCACCUGCUGCACCUCCUCCUCCUCGAUGACAGAAAGAUGCAACACAAAGGAAAGGUUUAGCUGGCGGUGAACCUGACAAAGUCCAGCUUCACGCGUUCGGAGAGGAGCCCAGAACACGUGGACGUUUGAAACUCAGCAGUUUGCACGACGGCGUUGGGCUCCUGAGGAAAGCUGAGACCACAGUGUUGAUGUCCCUUCAGUGUCUCCACUCCCUGCAGGAGGUCUCAGUGUCACUGUGCAGUGUGAUCGUGGUCUGUUAGCUGUGCCAUGUGACCUGUUUGUCAAAGCGGACCACUGACCAACACCCAGACUCCCUCCUGCCUCCCUCGGACCUCAGAGCUCAGAGCUCAGAGCUCAGAGCUCAGAGCUCAGACAGCAGUCGUGUUGUGCCGUCGCUGUAUUCUCCUCCUCAUUGAAGUAGCAGUUAGAUGUGGUGUUUUGUGCCUGUAUGUGCCUUUUUUUACAGAGCAGUAUGUGCUAUUCUGUUGCUGUUGUGUUGAAAUCCCAGCGGACGGCUCGAGCAGCUCCCGCCUGGAAAUGCUUUCACGCGAGGUCGAGUUAAAACAGUUUAAAAGUCCAAUACCAGCACGGCGUCUGUUCACUAUUCUCACCUUUUCAACUUUUCAACAUGGAACUUUAUUCUGGUUGGUCAGAAGCACUUUGGAUUACUUUCCAAUGCAAUAAAGAGAGAAAAGGCAGCCAAACGUGUCCAGGAUUGGUCAUUUGUGCGAGUGUGAGUGUUGAAUUUGUAAUCUGCUUCUCUGUGGAGUAGAAAGUUCCCCCUCAGAAGUAAAAAUAUAUCUCAGGGAAGACGUUACUUGCUCACUUAAUGAAUAUAUUGGCUGUGAGUGGCUCGUUGUGGUUAAAAUGCAUUUCAGAAGC